CGACUGAAGCUGUUAAAGGUUUGAUCACCAUGGGUUUGUUUGAGACAGAACCAGAUGUCUAUCUGGAUCCUCAGGGAGCAGAAAUAACAUGGAAACAAUACAUUUGCACCAAAUUUAACAAAUCUGGAGAAAUUUUGACAGAUUCACUGAAAGAUGUUAUUUUGGACCGACUUGGCAAGGACCCCAAACAGUUGGAUGUUAUUGUCAGGCUGGGUUUAAUUGAUGAUCUCCCUGUGGAGAAACGAGGCACCCCCAUAGAUACACUCUGUAACUACCUGGCCAAACGACUUUCUUAUGGUGCACAUGAACGUGACAUGGUUCUCAUGCGCCAUGACAUUGGUAUUCAGUGGGGUGAUGGCAAGAUGGAGGAGAGGAGCAUUGACCUAGUUUCAUAUGGAGACAUUGGAGGAUUUUCUGCAAUGGCUAAAACAGUGGGGUUACCAAUAGGCAUCGCUGCUCGAAUGAUCCUCACUGGUGAGAUUCAAACUAAAGGUGUGUGUUGCCCAACAGCACCUGAAAUGUGUCUAUCCAUACUCCAGAGACUAAAGAAUGAAGGCAUUGCUGCCACAGAGAAGAGCACACUUAAAUAAAAUGUUUUCUUCUUAAAGAAAAUAAAAACUCUGUAUUUGAAGUAGAUAAAGGACAGUAAAUUAAUACUGAACCAAAUCUAUCAAUGUACUGUCACAAUCUCAUCUUCCGCAUUUAUUCAGAUUUUCAUGUACUUUGUUGUAAUGUUAUAAGAUGGCGUGGUUGGAUGGUAGAACAACGCCCAACCGUAAUCCCAAAAGUCUUGAGUUAGGAUGGAAGAUUUGAGUCAGUAGAAUGUUAUGAGUCCACCUAGCUCUGAUGGGUACCAGACUUACAUCAGGAAAAGUACAGGUAGCUGGGUUAGAACAGACAACAAUAUCGCUUUAUUUGCCAAGGUUAUAGAAUCAGAUGAACUCUACUUCAUUUUCUCUAUGGACCAUUAGGUCCAAAAGAGUUACCUACUUAUUGUAAUAUUAUUUUGCAUUGAUAUUUCAUGCUUUGAUUUUCAUUAGUGAAAAGUUAAAAAAAAAUUAUGUAUUCAGCAAUUUAUUGUGUAAUGUUAAUCUUUUCCAGAACAUACUCUUA